AGUGACCGUUUAGUUGUUCGACGAUUGACGAGCUUGCGAUAUCCCACACACAGACCACAGAUUCAUUCUGACUAUUGCCGUAGAGAUAUUGGCCACUUUUUGACCAUGCUAGCUUGGGUUGACUAUAGCAAUCGUUUUUGUGGCCGUAGAGGUUUCGAACCUGGUUGCCUGACCUCCAGUCCAUGAUGAUGUUUCGAGAGCUGUCAGUUGCGAGAGCCAGGUAGUCUCUUUCAAACGGAGACAUGUCCAUGACUGCGAAGGAUACAUGAUCAUCAAAAAAAGCAUUCCCCGAGCCUUUGUUGAGAUGAAACUUCUGCUGCUUAAAGUUAUCUUGAAGAUCAAAGCAUAACACAUUUGGAGACCCCCUGGCGUAACAACAGAGCUGAUCUUCUCGGAAACAAAGAGAUUCUAUGGGUCCAGAAAGCUGGAGAUUUUGGAUCUUUUCCAGUUUAACGCCAGUGGAAUCAAUAAGGUUCCACUCGAGUUUGUGAACCUGAAUGCAACCAUCUGCAGAUGCUGUUGCCAGGAUAUUGUCGGUCGGCGACCAUGCCAAACAUUUUACGUACUUCCCGUGUUUGAUGAAACCCUUACAAACUUCAUUGACACUGAUGACCGAACCAUCCUUUUCGUAAAAUAGCACGUGCACCGUACCAUCCAUGCACCCGGCGGCGACGAAUUUCGUGUUGUGUCCUUUCCUAGAGAAAUCAAUCGAGAUCACGGGAGCAUCGCAGUCAAUACGCGAUGAACUUUCCACGACUUGUUGGCUUGUUUCGUUUCCAAAUGCUCUGUUCCAGAGUGUUAAGGAAAUAUUUCUAUCUGCUCCACCGGUUGCAAGCACAGAUUCGUCGUUAGAAAUGGAACAACAAAGUACAUUCGAAACACCGUGGCAAUUCUCGAGAAGGACCGAUUUGUUUUUGGCAUAUCCGCCGUCACCCGAUUUGACAAAAUGAUCUGCUUCGACCGACUCAUUAUUCCGACUUGUCGAUGUUGCGGAUUUUGCAGUGCCAGACGAUGCUUGGGCUGCGGUUGCCUCACUGCGAUAGAUUUCUACUUCCGCCUUUAGGGCUUCAUUUUCGACAGUCAGUACACUGCAUCGCUGUUUUAGAGCUUUCACUUGCUCCUUCAAGACUUCGUUCUCUGCCCGGGCUAUUACGUGGUAAAGAAUGUUGUGCAACAAACACGAAAAAUAUGA